AUGCGCCUGCCUGGGGGUGCUGAGCCUGGGGGUGCGGAGCCUGGGGGUACGGAGCCUGGGGGUGCUGAGCCUGGGGGUGCGGAGCCUGGGGGUGCUGGGUCUGCUCGUGUGGCCUCUGGCGAUGCUGGGUCUGGGGCCCCUUCGGGUGCGUCGUCGAGGCGGGAGCUACCCUCUCCACAGGAGCUGCGCGAGUGGUUUGCCCGUCGCUGGAGCCGUGCUGCUGGAGCUGGAGGUGCUACUGUUACUGCUGACCCUGGAGUCGGCACUGGAGUUACUGGAGCCACUGGUCCUGGAGGUGCUCGUACUGGCGGUACUGGAGCUACUGGGCCUGGGGGUGCUGCUGAGACUACUGGAGCUGACGGUCCUGCUGGAGCUGGAGCUGCUGGAGCUGGAGCUGCUGGGGGUGUUGGCGCUGGAGGUGCUGCUGGCGCUGGUGCUUCUGAGGGUGCUGGAGUUGGCGCUGUUGGAGCUGGAGGUGCUGCUGGCGCUGGUGCUGCCGCUGGGGGUACUGGUGCUGUCCCUGCUGGUUCUGGAGGCGCUGCGCGGCCGCGGCCGUACUUCGUUCCGCUCCUUGAGCAGGUUCUUGGUCUCCCGCCUUCUACUGGUCCUGCUCCUCCCUUAGAGUGUCCACAGCCUGUCCAGUCGCGGUCACAGUUACAGCCCGCCUCCCCCCUGCCUGCUCCUUCUCCCUACACUGGUCCUACUGGAGGUCUUGCUGAGCAUCGUGAGCCUGCGUCUCGUCCUGCGUCGCCUGUUCGUGCUGCUCGCACUAGUAGUCGUGCUACGCGUCCGCGUCCUCCUGCGGUCCCAGGCACACACCAGAUGGCACUGCGUCCUUCCACCGCUCCUCCGCGUGUCCCGUUGCCGUCUCCUCCAGACUUGUCGACUUUGCUGCUCGCUGUCGUCUAG